ACGUGUUCUCUACCGUCAGGUCAUUACGAGCGAAGAUCUCACCUGGCCAGAUAUCGGGUAUUUGUAGCGCCCUUUGGUUACGGGGCUAUAUUCCUAUCAAACACGUAUCGCAAUCCUGAAUCCUGAUAAAAAUUCGUCAGCCAUAUCGGCCGGCACGGAUUCACGUUUCCGUCCGUCCUAUCCUUUGCUGGCCCUUAUAUUGACCGAUGUCCUUUGCUGUCAUAUUUUUUGGUCUUGCCACCUUGUGGAUAUGUGGCGAAUCCAAAUUUGAAAAGUUUCACGAGAGAUUAAGUCAAGAAGAACUUAGGAAGAUCUUCCAUGUAGAUCUUCAUAACAAUGUACCUGAAUACGACGUUGUUCACGUACGAUCUUUAUCUAAACGUUCGAUUCCUUCCGAUGAUACGAAACGGGUACACUUAUCAGCUUUCGGGCAGAAUUUCCAUUUAAACUUGAAGAGAAAUCAUGAAUUGGAAGAUCGGUUAAAAUCAAUGAAACUGUUUGCGGCCGAAACUAAAGGAAAUGAACUGCGAUAUAAAGAAAUGGAACCGCAGGAACAUGCGAUUUCCGACAUGGGCGUUAGUUAUCAUGAUGAAAACCAGAUGGCGGCACUACUCGUUAAUCAUGCGGAGGAUGGAAGUCUACGAUUGGAAGGAACAAUUGGUAAUCAUCUUGUCAUCAAACCAAUUCCGAAACAAUUAAUUGUCGUUGAGGAUAAUUACGUUGAUGAUGAGAUGUUUCUCGAUGAAGACGGCAACACUUCAACAACUCACGACAUGCAGCGCCAUCUGCCGACGCUAUCUUCAGUUAACCAUGUCGUUUACAAAAGGAAACAAAAUUUCCCCUUAUCACAUUCUGAUUACAUGGAAUUAGAAGCGGGUUAUGCCAAUAAUUCGGACUGGACCAUUAGGAGUAGAAGAACCAAAAGAAAAGCUCCUACCACAGUUUGGCCCGAAGUUUUAGUGGUUAUUGAUUAUAAUACUUUUCUGUUACACGGAAGCGAUAGUAGGGCAUUAAAACGUUAUUUCGUUAGUUUCUGGAAUGGGGUAGAUUUACGAUAUAAAGUGUUAGCCAAUCCAAAAGUCAAAAUUAGUUUAGCUGGUAUGGUUGUGGCAAAGGAUAAAGAUGCUACACCAUAUUUAGAGAAGAAUCGUCUUCGUCCUCCAAAUUAUGAUGCUGUUGAUGCAGCGGGUGCACUAUCGGAUAUGGGAAAAUAUUUAUACAGAGAGGAUCGUUUACCAACUUUCGAUUUGGCUGUUGUUAUUACUAAAUUAGACAUGUGUAGGAGGCAGUUCAAUGGAGGAAGAUGUAGUCGAGGAACUGCUGGGUUUGCUUACGUUGGAGGUGCGUGUGUAGUGAAUAAAAGAUUAGAGAAAGUCAAUAGUGUUGCCAUUAUCGAAGACAGUGGGGGAUUUAGUGGCAUCAUAGUUGCAGCACACGAAGUUGGCCAUCUUUUGGGUUGUGUCCAUGAUGGUUCGCAACCUCCUAGUUAUCUAGGAGGUCCGGGAGCAAGCAAUUGUCCUUGGGAAGAUGGUUUCAUAAUGAGUGAUUUGAGACAUACGGAUAGAGGGUUUCAAUGGUCAGCCUGUAGUAUUCAACAAUUUAAACAUUUUUUACAAGGUGAAACAGCAGUGUGCUUAUAUAAUUAUCCACACGAUAACCAGAUACUAUCAAGAGUACUACCAGGAACAACAAUGUCUUUAGAUGAUCAAUGUCGUAAGGAUAGAGGAACCACCGCUUGCUUUAAAGAUGCUCGAGUGUGCGCUCAGCUAUUUUGUUACGACACUUCUUCGGGAUUUUGUGUGUCGUUUAGGCCGGCAGCCGAGGGUUCUACGUGUGGUCAUGGACAAGUUUGUAGAGAUGGUCGUUGCGUAGGAGAAACAGAAAAUAUUAUACCUGACUAUACUCAUUACACACCAACUUAUGCAGGGAGACAUCCUAAUUUUGUUUACAGACGAACGGACAGGAGAGGAACCACACCUUACAUUUCAAGAACAACACGUGAAAUUAUCACUAGAACAACACCUUCGCAAUCUCCAUCAUCGUGUGAAGACAAUGCUCAACAGUUAGCGGGAGGGCUGACGUGUACGGAAUUUCUACAAAGAUACGGAUUUCGUUAUUGUAAACAUCGUUACAUGAAACAAAAGUGUUGCAAAUCGCAAUUGAAAUUGUGUUCUCAUAGUUAACGCAUUGUUGACAAUUGUUAGUAAAAUACAAAAGGCCAAGGAACAAUGUUUUUAAAGACGAUCUUUCAAGUUUAAAUCCAAUUCCAAGUGUUCAAGAAUUGGUGAUUUAAAAAAAAAAUGUUUUUAUUCUUAAAUUUUUUUAGACCGAAAUAUAUUAAAACAAGAAAGAAAAUCUCUAUUUUUCUAGCAUGUAUUUUUUUUUCCGGUAAUGUUCCUAUUCCGUUAUUUUCAUUUAAAUUUCUUCCAGUUCACAUAAAUAUUGGGAUCGACAAACUCUCAGAGCAAUAUGUGAUACGUGAAGUGUAUUAUUUCAUCUAGAAAUUUUUACGAUAAACGAUGAUUUAUCAGGAAAAUUUCAAAUGAUUUUCGGGAAAUAAGGACUUUCCUUCCACAUCCUGUUUACCUUGUUUCUAUUCUUUACGGUGGUUUCA